UGUAAAGAGGAUCAGCUUGGUGUAGAUUAUGCUGGGGGAAAAAAGUACAACAGAAACUGGACGAACCUGUCAAGCUUGGAAAGAAUCGUAUCCACAUCCACAGAUCUACACAACAACGUUAGCAGAUCAACAAAACUUUUGUCGAAACCCAGAUAAUGAACCAUUAGGACCUUGGUGUUAUACAACUGAUCCUGAUAUGAAAUGGGAAUAUUGCACUGUUCCUUUUUGUGAUUGCAUCUCACCAAAACCAGACCAAGAUUGUAGAAUGAAUAAACAGGGAAAAAAUUAUACUGGAACAAUCAGCAAAACAAAAAAUGGACAAAAGUGUCAAGCUUGGUGAUCGAUUGUUCCACACAAGCAUGUGUUCUCGGUUAAAUUAGCAGACCAGGAAAAUUUCUGCCGAAAUCCAGACAAUCAACCGAAUGGUCCAUGGUGUUAUACAACCGACCCAGAUACAAGAUAUGAAUUUUGUGAUAUACCUUAUUGUGGUGUGGCCCCCACCCCUACAUCUGGUUUUUG